AUAUACAUGUAUUACAGGUUUUCCAAUGGUUUUAAAGUGUAUUCCUAUUCCCUAUCCUUGGGGUUCUGAGUUUGGAAAUGAUGUAGCAAAAGCCAUCUGAUUUUAAGACCUGUGAAAAAACUAGCAAGACUCACUUCUGCAACAUUGUUUCAAGAUAAUAAAGAAAUAAUCCCAGGAGAGAAGCGUACAGUGGCACUGGGAUUCCAAACGUUUAUUUAUCAUGGAGAAGAAGCUGGAUUUGUCCAAGCUAAACGAUGAUGAAGCUAAACACGUCUGGGAGGUGGUUCAGAGAGACAUUAACCUGCGCAAAAAGGAGGAGGAGAGAAUUGAGGACCUGAAGGAAAAGGUAGAAAAGGAAAGCAGCAAGAGGGAACUUCUCUCCAACCAGAGACACCUGAAUGAGACUCACUGUAUGCACUGCCUGCAACCCUUCCAGUUCCUCCUCAACAGCAAGCGCCAGUGCAAAGACUGCCAGUUUCAUGUCUGCAAGAACUGUAGCCGCUACAACAAGAAGGAGCUCGGCUGGGUGUGUGACUCAUGCAGAGUGGACAGGUUGGUGAAGGCUGGAUCACUGGACUGGUAUUAUGAUCAUGUUCGAUCUCGUUUCAAACGAUUUGGCAGCGCUAAGGUAAUGCGCUCCCUUUACAUGAGGCAGCAGUUGGACGCAAGAGGAGCAUCAGGUCUUCAGAACAAAGUGAACAGCUUACCAGAUAUCAAUAGAGAAUAUCUACGCCAGGCUCGGGCUGGGAUGUUCCAUGAUGAUGAGGAGGACGUCAUAGAUAGUGCUGAAGCUCAACGCUACAAUAUGAUGCGCAAAACCAAGCGCAAGCUCUCCGUUCACCCCUAUGAUUUUGAUAUGGAUUCUGAGUACUCAACUCAGUCCCGCAGACAAUCAAUGCAGCUUUCACCAACUCUAGAACAGGAUGUUUUCCAGUCAUUCUCUGAGCGCCCCAGUGCUGGUAGAGAUUUUACAUCUCAGAAGGAGUCUUUAUUUGCUGAAGCUGAUCUUGCAUCCAUGUUCCACCACAUCCUACAAGAGCAAGGGCAGAAUGCUGCAUCCCCAGAGCAAGAGUUCAGUACUGAAGUCCGACUAACUGUCAACUCUCGGCGCCUUAGCCUUGACAACACUGGGAGGCCAAAACUUCCCUUCCUAACAGAAUCCCAAAUUAGCAACUAUUUCCCUGACCCUCAACUAACUCGCACCCGCUAUCUCCCUAAAGGCAGCCCCUCCCUUGCACCCAAGAGGUCACAGUACUCUGGAGACAUGGACACCUCAGAAGAAGAAGGAGGGGCUAUUCCUAAAGCUCCCCCUAGGAGGCGAAGCAGAGCUUCAUCUCAAGAGAACGUGCAUCAUGGUGGUAGUCAGAUCUCUGAUUUGAACAAGCGUAUGUCAGCUAUUGAACGGAUGUUAAACCGUCUAGAGGAGAGACUAUCAGUAAAUUCAGAUGAGUCUGCAGGCCCUGGAGUGCAUACAGAUGCCGACAUUGAAGAGGAGACUCUAAAAAGGAAGUUAGGUGAACUUGCCAGUAACAUUAGUGACAAAGGAGGAUCAUCAGAUGAAGAGAAGAUCCCCAAACUCAAGUCAUCUAAUAAGGAACAGACUACUGAGGCCCAGAAGGUUUACAGGGCAGCAGAAAAAACAUACACAUUGGAUAAGAAUCUGCGAGAACUAGAGGAGCGUGCCUGUCAGAGUGGUACCACUGAUUCUGAACUGUCAGAGCUGGAAGUCAAUGUGGCAUCAGCAAUUGCACAAGUCCAGCAGACAGAAAGUGAGGUAUCAGACAUUGAAUCGAGAAUAGCAGCUCUGAGUGCAGCAGGACUCACUGUCUCCCCUGUAGACAAAGCCAAAAGAAAAUCAAGUUCUCGAGUUUUUGUUCCUGCCAUUUCCCGGAGUAUAGAACCAUUCCAGGAAUCAACUCCUGAUAUGUACAUCAUGUCAACUCCUAGUGAUGCCAAGAUUCUAGCCAUGCAGCAUGCUCUAAGGAAGAAGUUUAACAUUGACCCAGAUGCCACAGAUUUACCAGUUGAAAAAAGUGCAAUGUACUGCGGUUCCUUGACCCAGCGCAAUCCAAAUGGGAAGAACAGAAAGGCAGACCGCAUCUUUUCCAAACCCAUUGUGACUCAGAGAUGACGCACUGAUUCCUUUUUUUGUCGUUCACACCUACAUCCAACUGCCGUACUGCAAUACUGCCCUAUAUAGACCCAUGUGAUCCUCAGGUUAUGUUAUGUUUCUGAUAUUUCUGCUCAUGGAGGAAUAGAACUGGAACAUGGAUAAAUAGGGAAUGAGAGGAAUGAAAAGAUAAUGUAGUCUGAAUUUGAGGGAUGUUUUUAUAUUGCAGGUCCAGAAAGUUACCUUCACCUAUAUCAAAUUAAUAUACUGUGUAUCCCAUGCAUUCCCGCAACUUGAUUUUCUGGCUUUAGGUCUCCAUGUCAUUAGAACAUUUUAGAUGAAAUGUUCAAAAGUUCUCGUGCCUUUAGCUAUUGGUUUCCAAUAUGUGGCCCCCCAGUAUCAUGGACAUUGUGAAAAGAGUCAUUGUAACAGCUAUAAAUGACAUUCUGGAACUUCAGCAAAAAACUGGGAGCUCCAAGUUACCUAAUCCUGACUGAGAACAAGCAAAGAGCAUUGUGAGAUGGAGCCUCAUUAUAUACUCUCUGUUGUAUCUAGUCCUUAUUUGUAUUAUACAUUAUUGCUUUAAAAUAAAUAUAUAUAGUUUGCUUGUUUACCGCUGACUUGAAUUAAAAUCUUGGAGAAACUAA